UGAUCCAUAUGUAAAACUUUCGCUAUAUGUAGCAGAUGAGAACAGAGAACUUGCUUUGGUGCAGACAAAAACCAUUAAAAAGACACUGAAUCCAAAAUGGAAUGAAGAAUUUUAUUUUAGAGUAAAUCCAUCCAAUCACAGACUCCUGUUUGAAGUAUUUGAUGAGAACAGACUGACGAGAGACGACUUCCUUGGUCAAGUGGACGUUCCCCUUAGUCAUCUCCCGACUGAAGAUCCAACCAUGGAACGGCCCUAUACAUUUAAGGAUUUCCUCCUCCGACCAAGAAGUCAUAAAUCCCGGGUAAAAGGCUUCUUGCGACUGAAAAUGGCAUAUAUGCCAAAGAAUGGAGGACAAGAUGAAGAAAAUAAUGAUCAAAGGGAAGAUUUAGAGCAUGGCUGGGAAGUUGUUGAUUCAAAUGACUCCGCUUCUCAACACCAAGAAGAACUUCCUCCACCUCCCUUGCCACCUGGAUGGGAAGAGAAAGUUGACAAUUUAGGCAGAACUUACUAUGUCAACCACAACAACAGGACUACCCAGUGGCACCGACCCAGUUUGAUUGAUAUGUCCUCUGAGUCGGACAACAACAUCAGACAGAUAAACCAAGAGGCGGCACAUAGACGCUUCCGCUCCCGGCGACAUAUUAGUGAAGAUUUAGAACCUGAACCUGCAGAAGGUGGAGAUGUCUCUGAACCUUGGGAAACCAUUUCAGAGGAAGUGAAUAUAGCCGGAGACUCUCUUAGUCUGGUCUUACCACCACCUCCUGCUUCUCCAGUAUCUCGGACCAGUCCUCAAGAGCUGUCAGAGGAAUUGAACAGAAGACUUCAGAUCACUCCGGAUUCCAAUGGGGAACAAUUCAGUUCUUUGAUUCAAAGAGAACCUUCUUCAAGACUGAGGUCCUGCAGCGUGACAGAUGCAGUUGCUGAACAAUCUCAUCUACCACCGCAGAGUUCCCCAACUAGGAGAGCCCGUUCGUCAACUGUCACUGGUGGUGAAGAACCAACGCCAUCAGUGGCCUACGUACAUACUACGCCGGGCCUCCCUUCAGGCUGGGAAGAAAGGAAAGAUGCUAAGGGACGCACAUACUAUGUCAAUCAUAACAAUCGAACUACAACUUGGACUCGGCCCAUUAUGCAGCUUGCCGAAGAUGGUGCAUCUGGAUCAGCUUCCAACAGUAACAACCAUCUAAGUGAGCCCCAGAUCCGCCGGCCUCGUAGCCUCAGUUCGCCCACAGUAACUUUAUCUGCGCCGCUGGAGGGUGCCAAAGAUUCACCCAUACGUCGAGCUGUGAAGGACACCCUUUCCAAUCCACAGUCUCCACAGCCAUCACCUUAUAACUCUCCAAAACCACAGCACAAAGUGACACAGAGCUUCUUGCCACCUGGUUGGGAAAUGCGGAUAGCUCCAAAUGGCCGUCCAUUCUUCAUUGAUCAUAAUACAAAGACUACCACAUGGGAAGAUCCACGACUGAAAUUUCCAGUACAUUUACGAUCAAAGGCAUCUUUGAAUCCUAAUGAUUUGGGUCCUCUUCCUCCCGGUUGGGAAGAAAGGAUACAUUUGGAUGGCCGAACGUUUUAUAUAGAUCAUAAUAGUAAAAUUACUCAGUGGGAAGAUCCAAGAUUGCAGAAUCCUGCUAUUACUGGUCCAGCUGUUCCUUAUUCCAGAGAGUUUAAACAGAAAUAUGACUACUUUAGGAAGAAGUUAAAGAAACCAGCUGAUAUUCCGAAUAGGUUUGAAAUGAAGCUUCACAGAAAUAACAUAUUCGAAGAAUCCUAUAGGAGGAUCAUGUCUGUGAAGAGACCUGACGUGCUCAAAGCCAGGCUGUGGAUUGAAUUUGAGUCCGAAAAAGGCCUUGACUAUGGAGGUGUGGCCAGAGAAUGGUUUUUCUUGUUGUCCAAGGAGAUGUUUAAUCCUUAUUAUGGCCUCUUUGAAUAUUCAGCCACGGACAACUACACUCUCCAAAUCAAUCCCAAUUCAGGACUUUGCAAUGAAGAUCAUCUGUCCUAUUUCACUUUUAUUGGACGGGUAGCAGGUCUGGCAGUGUUUCAUGGGAAACUCCUAGAUGGUUUCUUCAUUAGACCAUUUUACAAAAUGAUGUUGGGAAAGCAGAUAACUUUGAAUGAUAUGGAGUCAGUGGAUAGUGAAUAUUACAACUCCUUGAAAUGGAUCCUAGAAAAUGAUCCUACUGAACUUGAUCUCAUGUUCUGCAUAGAUGAAGAAAACUUUGGGCAGACAUACCAAGUGGACCUGAAGCCAAAUGGAUCAGAGAUCAUGGUGACAAAUGAAAACAAAAGAGAAUAUAUUGACUUAGUCAUCCAGUGGAGAUUCGUCAACAGAGUCCAAAAACAAAUGAAUGCCUUCUUGGAGGGAUUCACAGAAUUGCUUCCUAUCGAUUUGAUUAAAAUUUUUGAUGAAAACGAGUUAGAGCUGCUGAUGUGUGGCCUUGGAGAUGUUGAUGUUAACGACUGGAGACAACAUGCUAUUUACAAGAACGGCUACUGCCCAAAUCACCCCGUCAUUCAGUGGUUCUGGAAGGCCGUGUUAUUAAUGGAUGCUGAGAAGCGUAUCCGGUUACUACAGUUCGUUACGGGGACAUCCCGAGUGCCUAUGAAUGGAUUUGCUGAACUUUAUGGUUCAAAUGGUCCUCAGCUGUUUACAAUAGAGCAAUGGGGAAGCCCUGAGAAAUUGCCCAGAGCUCAUACAUGCUUUAAUCGCCUUGACUUACCUCCAUAUGAAACUUUUGAAGAUUUAAGAGAGAAACUUCUCAUGGCCGUUGAAAAUGCUCAAGGAUUUGAAGGGGUGGAUUAGGCAGCCGCUAUUUUUUGGUUGUUGUUCAUCAAGCAAGUUCUUCUUGCCCUUUUGCAUUUGCCUAAUGGACACAUAAGCGACAAUGGCAGAACACUUGCACAAAGUUGGUUUCUGGAGCAAACUCUUCGACAGUGCUGUUGCCUAAGUGCGGAAGUUGGAACUGUAGCCCAAGGAUAGUAUUUCUGCAUUUUCCACCACAAAUUAUCAACUGGUUGAUGUGUACACUAAUUACAUUUCAGGAGGACUUGUUCUAUUUAUGUUGGGCCUCUGUAGGCAAAGCCCUUAAUAAAUAUUUUACAUACUUUCUAAUGACAAUGAAUGGAAUUAAUCACUCUACAGGUAUAGUAUUACAACUCAUGUUUACUUUUAAAAAUGAUUUAGACCUAUUUUCAGAUUUUAUUUCAUUACAAUUAAAGAUAUUAUAUACUUGGAAAAAUGAGCAUUUUUUUCGUAUCUGAAUUUCCUACCAGACUUAAUGUCAGUGACAUUUUUAUUUUUUAAGUGCAUCGAGUCUUCCCCCACCUGCCCCACUGUAUUCAAAGUAGAGACCUACUAUUUGUCCAAAAAUGUUCCCCUGAGACAUUUAGAGAAUUUCAAACAAAUCGUUAAGCAUAAGGAUAUCUUUCCACACCCAGAGAGGCUAAGCACCGACUGGAGAUGACAUUUUUGUACAGAUUUAGCAUCAUAGCUGCAAGACAGGAAAGAAUCAUGACAUAGCAUGAAAAAUUUUGUAUUGACUUAAAAGGAAUCACAGCAUUGCUCCUUGGUAGCUGUUCCAAGGAACGGAACCCAUUUUGAGUCAAGGUCAGAUUAGCAUUUCUUGUAAGAGAACCCACUUACUUCCCCCUGCCUCCUGCUGUACAGUGAUGCUUAUGUGAUCUUUCCUCUUUACUGUUUGUUCUCUGGAGUGGAGGCAUUUGGAAUGAAACCUGGCACUGCUCUCGAUUUGAAAUUGUGGAAACCAGAUUUGUUUUGUCUCUUAUUUGUAUGCAUUUGCUAAUGGUCGCUAAAUAACCACUUUUGUUCUGACUGCACCAAUUCUGAAGGCACUUUAUGUACUACAUGGAAUUCAUAUCUGGUUUUUUUUUUAUCAUAAACGUUUUAAUGUGAUGAUUAUUCCUUCUCAUUGCACAUGUCUAUCAGUUGUGAAUUUGGCGACUGCUGAUGUAUAAAAACCCAGAUGUAAAGCUGAGCCUGCAGUCUCUUCUCACCAAUUGUUUUGUGAUUUUUUUUAUUACAGUCACAAAGAU